UUCAUUGUGUUGUUGUAUUAUCCAAAAUUGCAAGUAACCGUGCUUACUGCUGCUGUGCCUCAUUUGAAUUUUGAAAGAAAUUUAAAUAAUAAUCUUAUUUUGCCUUGACGAUCAACGUAGACUAUUAUUUCAAUAAACCUUUCAAAACAUUACAAACAUGGAUGCCAUGGAUAAUACUUUCGGUAAUUAUUCCAUCUUGGGGGCUCACACUGCCAGGCCAAAGAAUUUCAAAGAAACUUAUCAUCCAGUUCAACAAAACUUGAGAAAUUACAAAGCAAAAGAAAAUAGAACUCUAGUUAAAGGCUUGAUGAUCACACAAGGAAUGCACAUGCCCCUACGUUUAGCUAUGGAACAAAAAGUGUUUGAAAGUGUUGGACGCCUACCAAUUUUGAAGUCAUCUAAUUUGCACGCUGAAGUAUUGAAUGACACGCUUGACACAGUCACUGAACGAGAUUACUUGAACCCAGCAGAAUACAACGAAACAUUAGUCCCAUCAUUUGUAGUUAUGGAUAAGGAUUUAAAAUUUUAAUUUACGAGUUAAUAUAUAAACAUAACAAAAUGUUUUAAGAUAUUGUCAAAAAUACUUUUUCUAUUAUUAAAUGUUUUUCAAGCAAUUAAAAUCAUUUGGGUAUUGUGUACAGUAAAUAAUAAAUAAACAUAAAUUAUGAUUAAUA